AUAUUUUAAACAAUGAACUUUUCUUUAUUAUUUUAUUUUUUAAAUGUUACUGAUCGUUUUAUGUUUCAUUUCAAUGGUUUAUUACAACAGUGGACAGAUAUUUAAAAUGUUGUAUAGCCUACUAAUAUCAGCUUUAUUAAUAUGAUCUUAUUGUUUGGGUAAAGAUAUUUUACAGUAUUUUAAAGAGUAAAUCAGUACUUCACUCUAUAUUCCAUUCUAAAAUAAUUAACAUAUUGAAACACCUGCUCGCUAUCUCUAUGUCUUGUUUGAACAAAGAGUGCAUUGCUUUUAAUAUCAGGACUGGGAUUUGUAAUAUUCAAGCAAGUUAUUUUUAAUUCAGAGUGCUUGCUAAAUGUGUAUAAUCCACAGCGUGAUUUUUUCAUACUGUUAUUUUACAUUAAUUUUUCCCGACAUCAUCUGAAGCUGCUCGCGCUAAUCCUCGCGCAUCUGUGCAGCUCCGAAAGAGCGCGUAUGCGCGACGCUCCGCCCACCCUACUGGUGGCCGUGACGUCAGCCCUAUCGCUCGCAGAUAGUGAGAGGACGCCGCAGUCAGUGAGUGGUCUGCGGAGAGCAGGUACAAGUGUUCCUUCACCUGAAAAUAAAAAACACACAAGCGUCCCUUAUCCGAGGAUAUUUCACUGCACUGGCGUUAUUCCUAAAAAUUACAAGAACAACGCUGUCUUUUUGGAAUAUGCACGAUGAGUAUUAGCUAGCCCAUCGAGCAGAGGGUCCUUUACAUCCCACCUGCAGUCAUGAAUGGUGGUUUUAGUAUUUGGGCUAUAACUCCAGAAGAGAGGGUGAAACAUGACAAACAAUUUGACUCUCUGGUUCCCACUCUGGGCUAUCUGUCAGGAGAUCAAGCACGAAAGUUUUUCCUGCAAUCUGGACUUCCAACAGCCAUACUGGCUGACAUUUGGGCACUGGCGGAUAUGGGGAAAGACGGGAAGAUGGACAGAUUGGAAUUCUCCAUUGCAAUGAAACUAAUUAAACUGCAGCUGCAGGGUCAGCCCCUCCCUUCAAUUUUGCCAAUCAUUAUGAAGCAGACCCCCGUCCCCGUCAUGACAUCAUCAUCACGCUUCGGUAUGGGAUCAAUGCCAAAUCUUUCUGCAAUGUCGGGAAUGCCUAUACUAACACCUGUGACAGCUUGCCCGGCAGUUAUGCCUUUGGUUCCUGUGCCCACCGUGGUGCCAGGACCACUGCCUCUCCCCAGCUCUCUCAGUGUGCCAGCUCUGCCAAACGGCAAUGCAACACUCCUCACUCCAACAUCAGCAUUCCCAGUUUCUAGCAGUUUGAGUAAAUCUCACUCACUCUUGGACCUUGCAGGAUCUAGCAGUUCUAACUCCUCUUCCACCACCUCCCUCGCGAGUAACUCUCCCAAAAUGGGCUCAUCUGAUUGGGCAGUGCCUCAGUCGUCCCGUCUAAAGUACCGCCAGCAGUUCAACAGCCUGGACAAACUGAUGAGCGGAUACCUGUCUGGUCCUCAGGUCAGAAAUGCCCUCACAGCAUCAAACCUCACACAAACACAGCUUGCCACCAUAUGGAAUCUUGCAGAUGUAGAUCGUGAUGGGCAAUUAAGAGCAGAUGAAUUUAUUUUGGCAAUGCACCUGGUUGAUAUGGCCAAGACCGGUCGUCCUUUACCUCUGACUUUACCUCCAGACCUUAUGCCCCCGUCAUUCAGAACAGGGAAGUCAUGUGACCUCCUGAACGGACCCAUUCCUCUGAUCAACACUGAGGUGAUUGAGCCAGAACAUCAACAGAAAAACAAAAACAAUGUGGCAUUUGAGGAUAAGCUGAAGGAAAAUUUUCAGAAAGGAAACGCUGAGCUGGAGAAACGACGUCUGGCUCUACAGGAGGAACAGAAGAGAGAAGAGGAGAGAAGGAGAGAAGAGGAGAGGAGACGACAGAGGGAGAGAGAGGACAGAGAGCAGAAGGAGAGAGAGGCACGGGAUACUGAACUGCGGAGACAAAGGGAGGAGGAGAGGAGGAGAGAAAGGGAGAGAGAGAUAGAGCGACAGAGAGAAGAAGAAAGGCUGAAAGAGCUAGAGCGUCGGGAGGCAACGGAGCAUCAGCGACAGAUGGAAUGGGAGAGAAGUAAACGAGUGGAGCUUCAGACACAGAGAGAAAAAGAGCAGAGUGACAUACAGAGACUGAAAGAGAGGAAGAGACGUCUGGAGAUGGAGUUGGAGUCCGUGGGCAACACGCAUAAGCAGAUCUCCAAUCGACUCCGGGAUGCCAAGAGUAAGAGAAAGGUCCAGAAGGCCGAGCUAGAUCUGAUUAAUCAGAAGAGAGAUAGCCGUACACUGGAUAUUAACUCUCUACAGUUACAAUUUGAGGAUAUUCAGAAGCAGUUGAAUCGAUUCAGUCCUGAGAAGCAAAGGCUGACAGACAGACUGCUUGACCUCGCUCAGAACUCAAGUCCUUUGAUAAACGAUAUGAAACAGAGCUUGUGUGAGAAAGAUCUAAGCUGUCGGAAGCUUAAGGAGCAGUUGGAUGCUUUGGAAAGAGAGACCACCGCUAAACUCUCUCAGAUGGAGCAGUACAACAGAGAAAUUAAGUUUGUAGAAAUGGAUGACUGUGUGCUUCAGGGACUUCUAUCUUUGCUGGGCUGCUUAACCAAUCUCUUCCUUCUAAUAAAGGAGCUGAGACAGAGGAAGAGCCAGCAGCAGGACGUUCUAGAGCAGCUGAGGAGAGUCAGAUCUGAGAAACUUCAAGAGCUACAAAGACACAGGAAAGAGCAAGAGGAGAGGAAGAGGAAAAAAGAAGAAGAGGAGAAAAAAAGGAAAGAGGAAGAGGAGAAGAAGAGAAAAGAAAGAGAAGAAGAAAUGAAAAGGAUGAAAGAGGAGGAGGAGACGAAGAGGAAAAAGGAAGAGGAGGAGACAAAGAGAAGAAAAGAGGAGGAGGCUGCCAGACAGGCAAAGCUGGAGCAGGAGCGUUUGGAGGAGGAAGCAGAGCGUCAGAGGAAACUUGCCCAUGAGCGAGAGGCUAAACUCAGGGAAGAGCAACAGCGGCAGGCCCAGGCCAGACUUCAGGAGGCCCAGGAGCAGGCACGAGAGAGAGAGGAGAAGAGGAGAGCAGAGGAGAGAGAAAGGGAGGAGAAAGAAAAGAAUGAACUACGGCAACAUACUCGGGCCUCUGUGUUACACAAUAGCAAAGAGGUCAAAAGUUUACCAGUGAUUAAAACUGAAGAUACGUGUACUACCCCCACCACCUAUAGAGCCCUUUAUCCAUUCAAAGCACGUAACACUGAAGAGCUCUCACUGGAUGCAGACUGUUUGAUUGAGGUAGAUGAAGCAACAGUUCGGGAGACCGGCUGGCUGUACGGGAGUUACCGUGGUAACCGCGGGUGGUUUCCAGAGAGUUAUGCUGAGAGAUGCUGUACAGACAGUUGGACUGAACAAACAGCAACUGUUAUGCAAUCCACAGCGCCCCCUGCUAACUACCCUGGAAUUCCCCGAGUAGAUGUGGAAGGACCAACACCAACACACACACCAGCGUCUACAAACACACAACACUCACAGGCUGUUGCUCUGUGCGAAUGGUGUGCUAAGACUGACAGUCACCUGGGCUUCUCGAAAGAUGACAUCAUCACGGUUUUAGAAAAGCAGGAGAGCUGGUGGUACGGAGAAUUAAAUGAGAACCGGGGCUGGUUCCCAAGCUCAUUUGUCUCCAUGGUUACCACCAAUCACACACAGACUGAACCGUUGUAUUCUACUGUUGGUGAGAUUGAACUGUCAGAUUCAGGUUUGCUAGAGGAGUAUGUGGCUCUGUACACAUAUGAGAGUCCGGAGUCAGGUGACCUGACGUUCUCUGUGGAGGAUAUUAUCCUGGUAACAGAAAGGGAGGGGGAAUGGUGGAGAGGAUGCAUUGGAGAUCAGUAUGGUCUCUUUCCUUCGAACUACGUCAAACCCAAAGAGCAAGAUACUGCCAAACCUGAUGGUACUAGUAAAAAGCCAGAAAUCGCUCAAGUUACAACAGCCAAUGCUGCCACAACACCAGAGCAGUUGAGUCUUACGCCGGGUCAACUGAUUGUAGUGCUGCAUAAGAACUCAAACAGCUGGUGGCUGGGUGAGCUACAGGCACGGGGUAAAAAACGCACAAAGGGCUGGUUCCACUCCUCUAAUGUCAGGUUACUGGAGGCCAACAGCGGCAAAAUAACUCCUGCCUCUCAACCACUAUGUCAGGUUAUUGCAAUGUAUGACUACAAAGCAGCCAAUAAUGAUGAGAUGAGCUUCCAGAAAGGUCAACUGAUCAGCGUUCUCAACAAAGACAAUCCUGACUGGUGGAAAGGAGAGGUCGCUGGAGUCACAGGACUGUUUCCAACCAAUUAUGUGACGAUGACCACCGAAUGUGAUCCUAGCCAGCAAUGGUGUGCUGAUCUGCUCAGUUUAGAGUCCAUGUCUACCGAGGAGAGAAAACGGCAAGGCUACAUACAUGAGCUUAUUCAGACGGAGGAGACCUACCUGGAAGAUCUUGAACUUGCAUUGGAGGUGUUUUAUACACCCAUGGCGGAGUCAGGGCGGUUGACGGAGGCUGAGAUGAGCAUGAUUUUUGUGAACUGGCGGGAACUGAUCAUGUGUAGCACCAAACUCUUAAAAGCUUUGCGUGUCCGUAAGAAGAUGUCAGGUGAACGGAUGCCGGUGCAGGUGGUGGGGGAUAUCUUGUCCUCAGAGCUUUCUCAUAUGCAGGCCUACAUCCGCUUCUGCAGCUGCCAGCUCAACGCCGCUGCCAUGCUACAACAGAAAACGGACAAAUCACAUGACUUCAAACUCUUCUUGAAGAAAAUUGCCAGUAAUUACAGAUGUAAAGGCAUGCCACUGUCUAGCUUUCUUCUGAAACCCAUGCAGAGGAUCACACGCUACCCACUUCUUAUCAAGAAUAUUCUGGAGAAUACCCCUGUGGGUCAUGCAGACCAUGCAAACCUGCAGAUGGCAUUAGAGAAGGCGGAGGAGUUGUGCUCACAGGUGAAUGAAGGUGUGAGAGAGAAAGAGAAUUCAGACAGACUGGAAUGGAUCCAGAAUCAUGUGAUGUGUGAUGGAGUCAUUGAGCACCUGGUUUUUAACUCCAUAACUAACUGCCUGGGCCCGAGGAAACUGCUGCACAGCGGCAAACUGCACAAGACCAAGAGCAGCAAAGAACUCUGGGCCUUUCUGUUUAGUGACUUCCUGCUCCUCACAUACACUUCCAAACAGUUCUCAUCCGGGACAGACAAGCUCUUUAAUCCCAACUCCAGUGCACAGUACAAGAUGUAUAAAACGCCAGUGUUUCUGAAUGAGGUCUUAGUCAAAAUGCCCUCAGACCCUUCCAGUGAUGAUCCAAUCUUUCAUAUCUCACAUGUCGACCGUGUGUACACACUCAAGACUGACACGAUUAACGAGAGGACUACAUGGGUGCAGAAGAUCAAAGCAGCAUCUGAACACUUCAUAGAGACUGAGAAGCUCAAAAGAGAAAAGGCCUACCAAGCUCGCUCUCAGAAGAACAGUGGGAUUGGGCGACUGUCUGUGACCGUCCUGGAGGCAACAGAGCUGAAGGCCUGCAAGCCAAACGGGAAGAGUAACCCGUAUUGUGAGCUCACUAUGGGUGCUCAGUGUUACACCUCCCGCCAUCAGUCCGACACACUCAAUCCCAAAUGGAACUUCAGCUGUCACUUUUUCAUCAAAGACCUGUACCAGGACGUCCUCUGCCUCACUAUUUUUGAGCGGGAUCAGUUCUCUCCAGACGAUUUUCUGGGUCGUACCGAAGUUCCUGUAGCAACAAUAAAGAAGGAUCAAGAUGGAAAUGGUCCUUUGGUACGACGUCUGCUGCUUCAUGAGGUUCCAACCGGAGAGGUCAAAGUGCGACUUGACCUGCAGCUCUUUGAGCAAACGCCUCUCAUUUGAAUCACACCAUUUAGUUUCAGCUUAAGCAACAAACAUCUAUAGGUUUAUUUUUCUUAACUCUGUGUUGAACAGCUGUGUACCAUAAGUGGGUUGUUUUUUGAACUUGAGACUCCAAAUGGAGUUUUUUCCCAAACAUUAGAGUGCCAGCUCAUAGUAAGCUUGAUAUACUAUAGAAAAGGUGAACCACUUUACAAAUGUUUACAUUAUGAUGGGCCGUGCCAUCUCAUCAUUAUACAGUAGAUGCUGAUGAUGUCAUGUGAUGGGUAAUUUAGAAAGAAAAUAGAUCUUUGUGUUGAAAGAUUAAUUAUUGUUGAAUCACCAUUUUUGUUAUUUAUUUGAUGUAGAAAAGGGCUUACACCAAACCUGUUUCCUUUUAAUGUUUUCUGCCCCAUCAAAUGUGCCUUAGAUUCAGUCUUUGAAAAGCCAAUUAAUUCUUUGAUAUAAAAAUAUUGAAUAUCACUGUUAUUACAGUUGUAGUGAUCUGUUAUUACAUGUAUAGUGUUCUGAAUGACCAGUCACUGACAAUGAAAUGAUGAACUUAUGGUUUUAAACAUUUCAUAUAUAUAUAUAGAUACUGACUGUGAUCUGAAAGACUCAGGUUGUAACUCUAAUAUCCAUGUGCAUUGGUUGAAAAAAGAUGCCACUGUUUUAAUUUUUUACUGACAUUUUAUUUACAGAUGCCUGUACUCAGGACAUGCCAAACAUUAAAAUUCAAAUCUAUGAUUCUACAAUUUAGUAGUUAGUAGAAGCCAUUAAGCCAAGCAUUUGUGCACCUCUUUGAAUCUUAAGAUAAAGAUAAUAAAUUAUUUAUUACAUUUUCUAAUAUAUUACAGUGUUGGGGCUAGUUACUCAAAAAAGUAAUAUAUUACGUAUUACAUAUUACUCUCAAAAAUAGUAAUGCCUUACUUUACUUUAUUACUCCCUGGAGAAAGUAACUAGUUAUAUUACUAGUUAUAUUACUAGUUACAUUUUUUUUCUGGACAAGAAUGUUUAUUUGGGCAAGCCACGGCCAAGAAAAUGCUGGCUUCCUUACCCGCUACCAGACGUGGGGCACAGCGUUCGGAGAAACAUUAAAGAGUGUGCACUUCACCGUCAAGUUAUUUUCCAUCCGUUGAACGUAAUAAAAUAUGACUGAAUCUCCACCCGUCGAAACUAGCUUUCUGUUGCUGGGAACCUUCCUCUGAAAAAGAGCUUGCCGUUGUUGACGCUUCCAUUUUCCCGAUCUGUCUUUGAGUGUGCCGCUGCCGCUCUGUGCUGCUGGCUGCCGGGUGUCGACCAAUCGGUGAUGGUAAAUGAUACCUCGUGCCAAACUUAGACCAAUCACUGUUCCAUUCACGCCCACCUCCCCUUCCCUUUUGUUCUCUGUGUUUUGUGCCUUGUGUGAUGAAGGUGCUACUGGCGAAUGUAACUCAAGUAACUAGCUCAGGAAAACUGUAAUAAUAUUACCAUUUUGAGACGGGUAAUGCCUUACACUACUAGUUACUGAAAAAAGUAAUAUUAUUACAGUAACUAGUUACUUUGUAACUAGUUACACCCAACACUGAAUAUAUAGUGGAUUUUCAGCUGAAUUGGACUAUUCUACAGUGGCACAAGGAGACAUUAGUGCAUGUUUGAUAGGUAUAAUAUAUUAAAACACUUUUUUAUAUAAUCAAAAUAUUGUAAUGACCAGUAUAUAAUACUUUAUACUGUAUACUGUACAAUAUGCAUUCAUUUCUUGAAUGUACAUAUUUAGGGAAGCUUCCUAGAUGCUCGUAAAGUGUAAUAUUGGGUAAAAUCUUUAAACAAUGGCAUUGGGUUUUAACAGCAGAUUUGAUCUCAAAGUUGCCCUGUUACAGUACAUUUGGAUUGUUGCUGCUAGAUUUAAAAAGUCUGAUUAGAUGUUUUUGUUCAUUAAAAGCAUUCUAGUGUUAAACCAUAACUUCAAAAAGAUUACAUUGCUAUGUUAUCUAUUAGGGUUCAAUUAUUCAUUUACACCAAAGACAAAAAUAAAU